UGCUGAGCCACAUCUCUCUGAUUGGCGCCAGCCACGCCUCAGGCAGAGAUUUCACUGCCCACUUGAGCCAAUCAUCGCCCCCGAGAAAAAGUCCCCCGCCGCCCGCCUCGAUUUUUCUCUCCCAUCUCAUUGUUUUCUCCCGUUCCCCUCCUCCUUCAUCCGACGCUGUGUAUCCUCUCCACUCUUCUUUUUCUGUGUUUUUGGUGUUUGGAACGCAUCCUCCAGGAGGAUUGCUGCUGUGUUGUUUGAUUUGUGGUUGUAUAGUUCUUUCCAUUCAGCUUCUUCUUCUCUUAUCUCUCUCACACCUGCUCCGACGAGGCUGAACGCCCCUCUCCGCCCCCCUCAAAAAUCACGGCUUACGGCUUGUGCUGGUUGGAAGCCUUCACCCACAAUCGAAUACCCCCUGCAUAUUUAGAAUGCCUCACCCCGAAUCUCCCACCCCCGCCAUGCAGACCGCUGUCUCCAAAACCCCCUCCGGGGUCCCCCCCACCUACGAGGAGAUCGGCUCCCUCCUCCACACCAUCUUCAACGCAGAGACCUCCCAGCAGUCCCUCGAUGCCGCCUACGCCCUGACCAACCUGCUCAUCCAGAGCGUUGGUGUCGCCGGCUUCACAUACUACAAUAUCCUGCCCCAGAUCCAGAAGGCCGCCGUCGAUAAGAAGAAUGGCGCUCUCCGUGAAAGCUCCAUGCUGAUCCUCGGCGCCAUGUUCGAACGCUUCCCCCGCGAACACCCUCUCAGCGAAGUCGUCUUUCUGCUCCAGGACGGUGGUCUGCUGCACCUCGCCCUCGAUUUGCUGGCCGAUAAGGGUGCUGUCGUCCGUGAGGCUGCUCAGUACGCCAUCGACGCUCUCUUCGCCGGCCUGAAGGCCGAAGCCCUCGCCAACGGCCUCCUGCCCGCCCUCUCCGCGUAUCUGAACCGCAACACCGCCAAGUGGCAGGGCUUCGUCGGCGCCUAUGCUCUCAUUGAGAAGAUGGCCGUGAAGGCCCAGAUGGGUGCGGGUUCCCUCGAGGAGGAGCGCGAGAAGGAUUUGCUGCGCGAGGCCAUGGGCAAGACCCUCAAGGACCUGAUUCCUUUGGUCGAGUCCGGUAUGCACGACUUGAAGAACGAAGUCGCCAAGCAGGCCAUUAAGUCUAUGAACGCCAUCACUACCCUGCUGUCCAACGACGACGUCGCCCCCCGGAUUCCUCUUCUCAUCAAGACCAUGGAGCAGCCUUCCGAGCAGACCCUGCAAAAGGCCAUCCAUGCCUUGUCCCAGACCACUUUCGUCGCCAUUGUCACCUCCCCCGUUCUCGCCCUGCUCACCCCCCUUCUCGAACGCUCGCUCAACGCCCCCACUACCCCCCAGGAGACCCUCCGCCAGACCGUUGUCGUCGUCGAGAACUUGACCAAGCUGGUCCACGACCCCGCUGAGGCUCGUACCUUCUUGCCUAAGCUGAAGCCUGGUGUGCAGCGCGUCAAGGACCGCGCCUCUCUUCCUGAGGUGCGUGAGCUCGCCACCCGUGCUUUGGACGUCAUCGAGAAGGCCAUGGCCGAUAAGGACGUUGCUGCCGGCGUGGUCGUUAAGAUCACCCCCGAUGAGGUUCGCGCCGUCUUGGAGGCUAAGAUCCAGGAGCAAGGCGGCCUGGCCCACCCCGAGCUGGUGACUCUGUUCGAGCUCGCCAAGAACUACGUCUCGGAGAUGGUUCGCGAGGAUGUCAACUGCCGCAUGCUUGACCGCAUUCCCGCCUGCGUCGGUCCUUACCUGCGCGGUCUCUUGGCGGAGGAUAAGCACGACGCAGUCGCGGCAGCCCUGGAGGCCCACUUCAUUGAGGAGGAUCACCGCAAGUAUGGUCGCCCCGAGCCCGAAGACCCCAACGAGGUUGAAAUUGUCAACGCCAACUUCUCUCUGGCCUACGGUGGUAUGUUGCUGCUGUCGCACACCAACCUUCGUCUGCUGAAGGGACACCGUUAUGGUCUGUGUGGCCGCAACGGUGCGGGCAAGUCCACUCUCAUGCGCAGUAUCGCCAACGACAAACUGGAGGGCUUCCCCCCGCAGGAUGUCGUCCGCACCUGCUUCGUCGAGCACAACCAGGGUGAGGAUGCCGAUUUGAGCAUUUAUGAGUUCGUUGUGAAGGACCCCAAGAUUGCUGCAGAGGGUGAAGAGCACGUCCGUAACGUUCUGUUGGAGUUCGGCUUCACCGAUGGUCCGGAGGGUCGUCAGAACCAGCGCGUCGGAUCCCUGUCUGGUGGUUGGAAGAUGAAGCUGGCUUUGGCCCGUGCCAUGUUGCUCAAGGCCGAUGUGCUCUUGCUGGAUGAACCGACUAACCACUUGGACGUCGCCAACGUCAAGUGGCUUCAGGAGUACCUGAAGGCUCACACUGAGAUCACCAGUUUGAUCGUUUCCCACGACUCUGGUUUCUUGGAUGAGGUCUGUACCGACAUCUACCACUACGAGCAGAAGAAGCUGGUUUGCUACAAGGGUAACCUGGCCGACUUUGUCAAGGUCAAGCCUGAGGCCAAGAGCUACUACACCCUGUCCGCCAGCAAUGUUCAGUUCAAGUUCCCCCCUCCCGGUAUCCUCUCCGGUAUCAAGUCCAACACCCGCUCCAUUCUCCGGAUGACCGACUGCUCCUACACCUACCCUGGAGCCAGCAAGCCCUCGCUGACGGGCGCCUCGCUGUCGUUGACCCUGUCUUCGCGUGUCGCUAUCAUCGGUGGUAACGGUGCGGGUAAGUCGACCUUCAUCAAGAUGUUGACGGGUGAGACCAUCCCGCAAACCGGUAAGGUCGAGAAGCACCCCAACCUCCGUAUCGGUUACAUCAAGCAGCACGCUUUGGAGCACGUCGAGAUGCACUUGGAGAAGACUCCCAGCCAGUACCUGCAGUGGCGUUACGCCAACGGUGAUGACCGUGAAGUGCACUUGAAGCAGACCCGCAUCCUGACCGAGCAGGACAAGGCACAGCUGGAGAAGCCUGUGGAUCUGGGUGAUGGCCGUGGACCUCGUCGCAUUGAGGCUCUGAUGGGUCGUCAGAAGUGGAAGAAGUCCUUCCAAUAUGAAGUUAAAUGGAUCGGUCUUCUUCCCAAGCACAAUACCAUGAUUUCUCGUGAAACCCUUACCGAGCUGGGCUUCGCCAAGCUGGUGCAGGAGUUCGACGACCACGAGGCAUCCCGCGAGGGUCUUGGUUUCCGUAUCCUCGAGCCGAAGAUCAUUGCCAAGCACUUUGAGGAUGUCGGUCUGGACCCCGAGAUUGCCGCUCACAACCAGAUCUCUGGUCUGUCUGGUGGUCAGAAGGUCAAGGUUGUGCUGGCUGGAGCCAUGUGGAACAACCCUCACUUGCUGGUGCUGGACGAGCCCACUAACUUCUUGGAUCGUGAUUCCCUCGGUGGUUUGGCGGUUGCCAUUCGGGACUUCAAGGGUGGUGUCGUCAUGAUCUCUCACAACGAAGAGUUCGUGGGUGCGCUGUGCCCCGAACAGCUGCACAUUGCCGACGGUCGCAUCGUUGGCCGCACCAACAAUGCUGUUGCUCUCGAUCGUUUCGAGGACAGUGCCACCAGCACCCCUCAGCCCGGCAGCACGGCGGCCAACUCGGCCACCACCAGUGCCGCCGCCUCGGCGGUCAACUCGGGAGCGGAAGAGGGAGAGUUGAAGUUCAAGGCUCGCAAGAAGAAGAAGAUGACUCGUGCGCAGAUGAAGGAGCGCGAGGCGCGUCGUCGUCUGCGUCACCUGGAGUGGCUGCAGAGUCCCAAGGGUACUCCCAAGCCUCCGGACACGGACGAUGAGGAGUAGAGAGUGAAUGACCGCGAUGAUUGCUGGAUUGGCUUAUAGACCUUUUUGUUUGCUUGAUGACUGUCCAUGAGUAUAUAGAGCUGUAGACGAGAUUCUCAGCAUAGAGCAUCCAUUCCGUUAUGGUUUUUG